CUGACCUCUCCAUAUGGCUUUGUAUCGACUCUCGACUCUCGAAAUUCCGCUAUUCAUAGAGAAAUUGGCGAUACGACACCACAGCCAUUUAAGAUCUCUGGGGUGGCGUUCAAGCAAACAAUAUAAUAUUGCAGUUGUGUUGUCAUACAUACUCAGGUGAAAAUGAUCGACUUGACGCCCGUCCACUGGCUUACUACUGGAAUUUUCUGCAAGCUCGAACUGGUUACACAGCGUGCUGGCCAGAACAUCUUGGACCAGGAGUUGAACAACGAUACACAAGGUACUUGCAAAUGCAUGAUGCUGGUUGCACAGAAUAAGAAACGACUCCCAUGUGGCAGAAUAUACAUACUGCCAUCGGAAACAUGAAUUUUCCAAAUACGAAGCAUGAUAGAAUUCAACAACAUGGACGACCAUUAUUUCCACUUCGAUACUGCAGCUCCCAUGCGUUUAGCAGAUACUCAAGACAUGUCGAAUUGUCAUAAACCCAGCAGACAAUUCGACUCAAAUGCAGUCAACUGCAUCUCCCCGGGCUUGGCGGGAGGUCUUUCUGGAAUGUGGCCAUCAAGCUAUGCCUUUCCAGCCAAAGAACUUCCUGACUGGACCUUGCCCAUGGCUCCUUUUGGAGUUACGGGUAGCGACUUCACAACAAGCCCAGUCUCUACGGCAACUCACGGGUUGUUCACCGCCUCGUUCAGUGAUGGGCACAACCCAUUCGACGCCAGUUUCGGCGGAUUUGCUUAUCCAGAAUCUCAGCAUCAAUUGUCCUAUGACAUUCCCAAUGCACAACUUCCGGUACAGACUCCGAGCAUGGGCUUGACCUCUCCUGUUUCGCAAUUCAAUACAACUGUUUGCCAUCAACCUCAGCCGAAAAGAUAUAACGAGGACUUUGGAAGAGAUGCUACACAAGCAAGGCCCAUUGAUUUGCUAGAACAUCGUGCAAUAUCGUUAGCACCUCCUCGAAAGCGACGCAGAACGGCAGAGAGUCCACACGUAGAAGUUGAAGAUAUCCCAACUCGAGAGGAAUCGGCUACACGGUGCAGUAGUCCACUUUCCACAAACGAUGUCGAGCAGGAUAUUUGUUCGCCAAACCGAAGAGAUCAUUCGGCUGCUAAGACCAGCACACCUGUGUUGGCUGAAGAACGAGACAUCACGGAGAAAGCUCAGCAGAAGAGCAGUAAUGGUAGUAGGGUGCUCGAUAAAGAAAAGGAACGACAUAAGCAUGUGGAAAUGAAGUAUCGAAAGCAGAUGAAGGACAGAUUUGAGGAACUAUUAGCAGCAUUGCCGUUGCAGGUCGUGAAUAUUGACACCGACGGCAAGUCUGGGGUCGUAUUCCAAAAAAAGAUCAGACGUGGGAAGGUACUCGACUUGGCAAAGGAGCACAUUGAAUUAUUGGAACGACAAAAGGACCAGCUGGAAAGAGAAAGACACUUGCUCCAGCGGGAGAUGAAGGUGUAUGAGGAUGCAUGGUUGGGAAAUAUGGUAAUGCCAGGACAGAUGGUCUUGAGGCAAUAAGAUUGAGAGAUGUAGGCUAGAGGGGUUGAAGUGGUUAUUGCAAUCAUGCUCAGAGGGGAUUUGGUAGGUAUCGUACUUGGCGUCCCGGUGCAAUGAUCUUAAUGUUGGCUGGUUCAAGGCUCGAAUUCAUAGUCAGAAGGUAUAUGUCAACGAGCUCGAAAAUGAAUCAAGACAUUUAAUGAAUUUAAAUACAAGGA